GCUACUUAAGGAUAAAAUCUGGUCUACGUGACUUCUCUGGAAUGCAGAUCCUAGCUUAUUACUAUUAGGGUCAGAUCAGGUCAUCAGGAACCUUGAGGCAAAUUUAAGUCAGCAUCAGCGUUCGUAAAAUGUGGAGCACAAGAAUGAUAAAAAUAAGCAUGCCUCAGACUCGCCUUUAUCGCAUCAUUCGCACCCAGCCGUGCAUGCGCCAUGUCCACAGGUGCAGACGCCUCAACAAGAGAGAACUCCCGAAAGAGCGCGGCCACUCCACAGCCCGUUGAAAAGAAUAACUGGGAUUGUGGUCCUGCUUCAUCGCCCCUCGACCAUAGGGAGAAGCAUUCAGCGAGAACUGUUUUAAUGAGUCCUCAAGUUCAUUCUUCGACGCUUGUCUGGACCGUCUUCGCCACAAAAAAUUUUCAAGCUCCGCUUAAAGUCGCGUCCACACGUGAUGCGCCUUCUGCAGAAACAGAGAGGUCGCUUCGCGCGUCUCUCUUCCAACUCUUCCGCAGUGCGCUUAUGGCGCCAACGACGUCUCGUAAUGGCGCGUUCUCCCCGACCCGCUCGUCUGCCGCAUCUUACACUGGGAUCGGCCAGUCAAGGCUCAACAUUGUCUCGCGGCUCGCGAUUGAAGGCAAGGUGAAGCAGAAUGCCGAGGGUGCCUCAAUAAAGCUCUAUUUGAAGAUUACCGUACCAAUCGACUCUGUCAACUCGGGUCAAAUAAUUCCUAUUUUCGCUGAGGAAAACAUCAAGAUUCGUGAUUACUCAGUACAUCCUCUGGACUCCGAUUCUGUCCCGUAUAACUUCUCUUCGACCAGCCACCCUCUCCUUCACAAUGCUGCUCGUGCAUUGAAUCUUCCUGCCCGGUCAUCGAAGUCGUAUCUCUCGCUCUUCGAUACUACCCCGCAAAACACCCCAGGCCGUAACGGCUCUAUCAAUGGCUCAGCCGUGCCGACUCUUGAGGAACGCUUUACAGGCUACUUCCUUAUUAGCGGAUAUAAUGUAUGCUAUGUCUUGCCCAAGGAGUUUCCUGCGAAAUACAAAAUUAGAGGUGGAACAGAUAGCGAGAGUGACGUGCUUUCGGCAAGAGGAAUGCAGAGGACAUCAUCGUAUCGCUCCGGAAGCUCUGGAAGACGACAUUCUAUUGGAGAGCGUAAUACGAUGCAAUUCAUGGCAGGCAUGUCAUUAUCUGUCCCAUUUUCUUCCAAGCCGCCAAAAGCACCUUAUAUGCUAUCAAUCCCGAUCCCAAGAUGCCUCUCAAAUAACAUUAAAGUUCGGCUGCCCUCACCAUCCUCGAUCUCAACUUCCUUUGCAUCAUUAGAAUCGGACGAAGAUUCAACUGGUUGGGAUGUAGCUACGGAGCCACACGUUACGCGGGUAUCACCUUUGAAACACAGCAGUCGAACAAGUGCAUACACAGAGUUUGCAGACGACGAAUCGUCCGAAGCAUCAUUAACGGGAUCUGCAUUGGAGAAUUGCAUGAUUCAGGGCACGUUUACGAGUGCAGAUACAAUUCGUAUCCGCUGGGCAACUCCACUACGUGCUCAAGAUUACCCUGAUGGUCGACGGCGCGUCGGUGUGGACGAAGUCGCGGGCAACAUGACCUGCACUGUUCUAGAAACAAGAGCAGAUGGCGUCAAAAUGCGACUUGAUUACCAGGGCACGUGCUCAGGUGUAUGGUUUCCAGGUGUUGCAACGAUGCUUGGAAUGGACGUCGGGCUAGACACUCAGGGCGGUCGAUUGACAUGGCCGCCGGACUCAGAUGGUCAAUGGACGAUCGAUGGUGAUCCGGCACUAACAGGAUUUACUGUCGGGAUGCCACAAACCACGCUAUCACCGCAGCCGACGCUUGAAUUACCUCCACCAGAUAUUUCAGGACAGCUUGAUGGAACAAUCCCUAAUGGACCGGUGCGAAACCCCCUGGAUACGUCUACGUCUCUUCUUCGGGCGCCACUCCCAAAUCGUCGCGCAUCAGUUGAAUACUCAUUUGAGGAGUCACUAAAUGGAGCUUCGGUCCCAUCUCUCGCGAGUUCGGCGAUACGUUCUUCUGAUCCAGAAAGUGGAUCUGAGAACAUUGCCCGACCACCUGCAACGCCCAUCACAGUUCAUAUUAAUAUGAACGAACUCGCACCCGCAAAGAACAAACUCACCCUCAACAUCUCUGGGACGGUACUUAUUGCUCCUGGCCCUGGCAUGCAUAAUAUCGAUGACAGUGGGCAGACAACGUUACCGCUGCCGUUAUUCCGUGUAUUCGCUGCAACAAAGGAGAAUGUGAUUACGACGAUUCGUAAUCAAUGUGAUAGCGCGAGUGUCGAGCUGAUUAACUCGGGUUCGGCUUCCAGCGGUCAUAAUCACAGUCCACGAGCGAAUCAGAGUUUAACGUUAUCUGGCAGUCGUGCGAAGAAGACAGUUGUACCAAGUGGAUCUCAAGCUAAGUGCGCUAGUCCUGAGGGUAGCGAGAUUCUUGUCAAGCCAAAUAUGUCGAGAUCACCUAUGACAAUGCGAGAACUGUCCCCUCAGACACCAGGACGGAGUGCAAUGCGGGCAGCCUCGCAACCAAGUUCACCGGAACCAGUCAGUGCGGUUCUGCGUUCGCAAGGCAGCCGCUUGACAGGUUUCCGUGAUGGUCCUUUGGUCAUUCCUUGGGCGAAUUGCGAUAUAGUUCCUCUUGUUUCCUUAUCAUCGGCGCCCGUCCUAUCUCGAAGUACUUCGUCGAAGCAAGGGCAAAGUUGGUCGUAUGCCGUAACUUUGUCGUUACCGACGCCUGUGGACGGACCAUCUGAAUGGCUCGAGUUUGGGCUUGCGAUGCCAGGCAACUUGAAUGCGUCCGAGCUACCACCUGCGGUAGAGGUGCGAUGUACAAGUGUCAAUGGUGUUCCGGUUCGCUUCGAGACAUUCACAAAUCCCCGUACUUCAUCCAUCGACCUUAUAGCCUCAACGUCUUCUGCGGGAGCUGGAUCUACAGAGACAAUCGAUGCUAUUGACGCAAAUGUUGGCAAGCGGAAGUGGUUGAGCUGGGUUCGUGUGCAUAUUGCUCUUGCAGGUGCUCUGGAGGUGGUUUAUAUCGUUAAAGGCCAAACGGGUCACGCACUUUCUGAUAAGAAAGGAAAGCAGAAGGCAGCUUCGGCGGAAGGACUGGGUGGGGACGAAGUCAACGUGUUCGUUCCUGUCUUCUCGAUUCCUGUGAGCAGAUUUGAAAUCAGCUUGCGUCGAUCUUCCGAUAUUACCAUACCGAAAGCCGACCUAUCAGGUAUUGAUGGUUCUGAUCACACUCUCCACCGCAAGAUCUAUUCCUUCGACGUCGCACCAUUCACACAACCGCAUGCCGACCUGAUUAUGCCACAUCCUAUUCUCACGGACAGAAACAAGCCCUCUCGGACAGUACGAAGCGCCAAGCGUGCCUUGUUCCUCUUUGCUACAAUACUACCUUACAUCCUUUCAUUGGUAAUGCUCUCUCAUACCAUCAGCACGCGGAGCGAAGUGCGAGAGCUACGUGCACUCGUUCCUGACACCUUUACGACAACCGGGCGAGAAACAGAGAGCUGGGGACGGAAGCCUGUAACGGUGACCAGAACAGUUGUGCAGGCUGCAAGUAGUAAGCCAACAACGGCUUCAGAACGAGGGUGGUUCGGUGAAUACACGAUGUCCUAUUCCUCACCAACGCAAAGGCCCAAGGCGUCAUCGCCUCCUCAACCUUCUCCCAUUACCGAUGACGACGACGAAGUUUUUAUUGAAGACAUCUCGGACGCUCCUGAAGCCGCUUCUCGAGGUAACAGAGACGAACGAGGUGAUGAGAGUACUUCUCUCAUGCCAAUUCUCUACCUUCCACUCUCCUGGCCAGCGCAGAUCCACUUCCAGCAGGCGAAAGCCCAGGUGCUUAGUGGAUGGGGACGGAUCUGGCACGUCGUUGAGAUUAUUCUGCAUUGGCCGUUACCCGUUGAUGAUACUAACACUAUACACGGGUCCCACCUGCUCUCUGUGCGUCACAGCGAAAGCCGCACUAGCUCAAGUUCGGAAGACACGUCCAUUCGAGUUGCAAUACGUGAAUAUCCAGGAUCCGGGACAAGAACGCUGGAGGAAGAAGUAUGUGUAUUGGAUUCCGGCGUUGCAUGUGGAGGGAAGGGAGGUACUCAAGGGACGAUGGGGGGAGAGCGAGGUGGUGAAAGCUUUGGAGGAGUGGGAAAAAGAGAAACCACUGAAGGAAGAAGAGAACAGCUAGGGUGUGCUUCUUCGUCUGGUCCAAAUGGUUGGAUGUUCUGGCCUGAUGCUCAAGGAAUGGGAGCGGAUGAGGUUGAAUGGAAGCCUUUAAUAGCGCACUAUGAGCAUGUUUAUGAACGCGUUGGCAAUUUCGACAGUGGACUUGGUGAUGUUUCUGAAGAAGUAUCAGACAAAUCCUUCGGAAUAUCACGAUGCUUCAACUGCGGAGAUCCUGAACAUACCGUCCGCUCAUGCCCUGAACCCCUCAAUCACGCACUCAUCUCACUAUCUCGUGCCCUCUUCCAAUUCCUUCAUCAAUCCAGCGGUGAUGAACCAGAACGUUUUCAUGUUGCGGAAGAUUGGAAAUUACAGAGAUUGCGCUGGCUAGAAGAUUUCGAGCCAGGCGUUGUUCGUAACGAAGCUCUAAAGGAGGCACUGGGUCUAUCUGAAGGAGUCGAAGUUCCUUGGCUAUACAAUAUGCUCGAGUGGGGUUACCCCCCUGGAUGGGUUAGCGAAGAGGAUCCACGAGAACUUAUGUUCAAGCGCAUUAUCUUCGGAGGAAAUAUUGAAUCUGUCGACGACGAACUGGGAGAAUUCUCGAUUUUCGGCGAGGAUGGUGACGAGGAAGUAUUGAAUCUACGUCCUGUUUCUGUCACUCAGGACCCAGAUGCUGGGCCUGUAAUCCGUGCAACAAACUCCAAUGACAGUAUAACCCCCUCAACUCUACCCAUUAAGGAGAACAGCUCACCUUCGUCAAAGUCGAGUCCCGCUACUCGUCGCUGGGCAACGUAUCAGACAUCCUUAUUCUCGUCAGAUCUACUACCAGUCUACAAUAGGCGACCUCUCCCACCUCUCGAUGACGACAUUCCUGGAGCCGCUGCUGCUCGUCCAAGAAGUGAGGACAAGCAAGGUUGCAACUUAGAAUCCGGUGACGUACCAAUUGAACACCCUUGGCGUCAUCCAGAUGCGUUCAGUGCGUUCGGACCCGUAGGAUGGACAAAGGCGUACGAAAAGAUGCUUGCUCGUCGUGCGCAAGUUGAACAGGACGCACCGAAGAUGUCCUGUCAUGUAUACAACGAGAAUAGAACCUCAAAGACAGAAGUGUCCAGUGCUCACCGGCCUGUUACCACUUUGUCAUCUCCUGAAGGUAGUGGCCAAAAUACAGAGGACGACAUGGACCUCUCGGAUUAGUUUUCACAGAGUAACAUCAAUCCUCCUUCAUAUCCUAUAUUUGAUUUUGUUUCUUUAUUGUUGUUUAUAAUUAUGUUGUUCUAUUUUCUGUCAUUUCGGUUCCUCACCAUCUCCUCCCGUCCACAGACCACCUGCAUAUAGAAUCCUAGAGUAGAAC